AUAAUACCCAGUUGAACAUGUUCACAUGACGAAGAAGAAGAAGAGCUGCACGAGAACACCCGAGACUCCGCCCUGUGGUAACCUAACUUAGAAAUGGCGGCGUCCGUGUGCCGAGUCGGGAGCACCGUGGGUCGAGCCCUUGCCAGAAACCGCAGUCCCAUCCUGCUGUCUCUGAGGCGUGGACAGGCUUCAGUCAGCUAUGCUCAGGCCCUGGCGGGAGCCCCGGAGACUCGCCUCACUGCCCUGGACAAUGGUUUGAGGGUUGCAUCUGAGGAGACUGGACAUGCCACGUGCACUGUUGGACUGUGGAUCAGUGCGGGCAGUCGCUACGAGAGUGAAAAGAACAAUGGAGCAGGCUUCUUCCUGGAGCACAUGGCUUUCAAGGGAACCAAGAAGCUUCCUCAGACAGCCCUGGAGCAACAGGUGGAGUCUAUGGGUGCUCACUUGAACGCCUACACCUCCAGGGAGCACACUGCAUACUACAUGAAGACCCUGGCCAAAGAUCUGCCCAAAGCGGUGGAGCUGCUGUCUGAGGUGGUGCAGAGCUGCUCGCUGAGUGAGGCGGAGAUUGAGCAGCAGAGGAGUGUGGUACUGCGUGAGCUGGAAGAAGUUGAGGGUAACCUCCAGGAUGUUUGCCUGGACCUGCUGCACGCCACAGCCUUCCAGGGCACGCCUCUGGGACACAGUGUGCUGGGACCCUCCAGCAAUGCCAGGACUCUGACCCGUCAGGACCUAGUGGAAUACGUCAACAGCCACUACAAAGCCCCUCGCAUGGUGCUGGCUGCUGCUGGAGGUGUGAACCAUGAGGAGCUGGUCGGUUUGGCUAAAUCUCACUUCAGCGGAGUGUCUUUUGAGUAUGAGGGAGAUGCCAUCCCUGUGUUGUCACCCUGCAGAUUUACAGGCAGUGAGAUCCGUAUGCGUGAUGAUGAUUUGCCUCUGGCGCAUGUUGCCAUUGCUGUGGAGGGGGCCAGUGCCGACAGCCCAGACAUCGUGCCCCUCAUGGUGGCCAACUCCAUCAUCGGUAGCUUUGACCUCACUUAUGGUGGCGGAAAGCAUCUGAGCAGCCGUCUGGCUCGCCUGGCAGUGGAGGCAAACCUGUGCCACAGCUUCCAGGCCUUCCACUCCUCCUACACCGACACCGGCCUGCUGGGCAUUCACUUUGUGGCUGAUAAGAACUACAUCGAAGACAUGAUGCACUGGUCCCAGAAUGCCUGGAUGAACCUGUGUACCACAGUGACGGAGAGUGAUGUAGCCAGAGGCAAGAACGCCCUGAAGGCCAGUCUGAUUGCACAGCUCAAUGGAACAACACCAGUUUGUGACGACAUUGGCAGACACAUCCUGAGCUACGGGCGCCGUAUUCCUCUGGCAGAGUGGGACGCUCGGAUCGACGCCGUAACUCCCAAGGUUGUUCGUGACAUCUGCUCCAAAUAUAUCUACGAUAAGUGUCCUGCUGUAGCAGCUGUUGGCCCCGUCGAGCAGCUGCCCGACUACAACAGACUGCGCAGUGCCAUGUACUGGCUGAGGUUUUAAGAUCAGUUGUUGUGUCGCUCCGAGUGUCCUAUGUUUGCUCCUCAUCUUCAUCCUCAACACCCCCCGCCUCUGUCCCGCCAUCACCGCGAGCGCGAACACCCGAGGAUUUGCUCACACAUUGGCUUGACGGCACGGGCAGCCUCUCUCUUCUCUGCGUCUCCCACCCAAUGAUCAGUUUUAGUUAGCAAUGAGGGGUGAGUUUUGAGAUUACACAUCUGUUACCUCUUGAUUGUACAACACUGGUCCUCAUCUGGCACAGUUUUGGAGAGGAGAGAGGAGAAAAAGCGGGCAGACUUGAAUAGAAAAUUAUCACCUACUGGACACGAAACAGCCAGUUUGGAGCAAGAAAAUAUUUAUAAUUUCUGUAACAUUUGUUUCUGUCCUCUAUUGUACAUAACAGAAGCUCUCAUUCCCACAAAAUAAAAACGCUGUAAAAGAUU